AUGCCCGGCUCCAUUCCAAUUUUAGAGGAGCCCAUCUUUUUAGGGACAUCUGAUCCUUUGGUCCAAUGGACCUCUGACCUUAAUGUUGGAGACCGAAUUUCCUGGCCACCUCCCCAGCUAAAAGAAAAGCGUGAAGUUGCGUCUCGAGCUUCAGAGACGGCGCCAACGAGGCGUCGCCGCCACCGGCCUGCCCAGAGAGGAAAAAGGCCGGCCGGGCGCGCGCAUGCGCGGGAGUUAGCCCGCGACAGCCGAAGGGGCCGGGGGCGCUGUGGGUUCCAAGAAGACGCCGCGCCUCUGUCUCCGCCUCGGCCCCGCCCGCUGCCGCGCCUGAAGCAGGUCAGGAUGUUGUCACGUCCGGCGGGGCGGCUCACUGCGUCCGGGUCACCUGCUGCUACCGCAGCGGCGCCGCUGCGGCCGGGGGACCGGGCGUGAGUCUCCACCGCCGACCGAGGGGAGCGGGCUCCGCUCGGCACCGCUUUCUGCGACCUGGCCGUCAGCCCGACGUCGCCGGCCUGGAGGGACGCAGAGGACGAGGGGGCCGAGGCUUCCUCCGGGGCCAUUGGCUCUCUGGAUUAUCAGGAGUCUGUAGUUGACAUUGAAUCCAGGCUGAGGAUGGAAGGUGUGGAACUUAAAGAAGAAUGGCAAGAUGAAGACUUUCCAAUACCUUUACCAGAAGAUGAUAGUAUCGAAGCAGAUAUACUAGCUGUAACUGGACCAGAGAGCCAGCCUGGAUACUAUGGGGAUGGACUAAAUGCCAUUGUUGUGUUUGCUGUCUGUUUUAUGCCUGAAAGUGGUCAACCUAACUAUAGAUACCUGAUGGACAAUCUCUUUAAAUACGUUAUUGGCACUUUGGAGCUGUUAGUAGCAGAAAACUACAUGAUAGUUUAUUUAAAUGGUGCAACAACUCGAAGAAAAAUGCCCAGUCUGGGAUGGCUCAGGAAAUGUUAUCAGCAAAUUGAUAGAAGGUUACGGAAAAACCUAAAAUCUCUCAUCAUUGUACAUCCUUCUUGGUUUAUCAGAACACUUCUGGCUGUUACAAGACCAUUUAUUAGCUCAAAAUUCAGCCAAAAAAUUAGAUACGUCUUUAAUUUGGCAGAACUAGCGGAACUUGUCCCCAUGGAAUAUGUUGGCAUACCAGAAUGCAUAAAACAAGUCGAUCAAGAGCUUAAUGGAAAACAAGAUGAACCGAAAAGUGAACAGUAAGUUUGGCAUCUAGUCCAAACAAGACUGAAGAAUGUGCUGAUGAAGCAAUGCUUUUUUUGCAUUUAUAAUGCACUUAUUGGCCCGUAUUUUUAUGUAAUCUAUUAGAAAAUUGACUUGACUUUUCCUAAUGGACUCAAGGGACUGUUCACUGCUGUAUUGGUUUGCAAGUUAUCUUGAAUUUAGCUCGUUAAUAGCUAACUACAUUGUAAUCAUUUUAUAUUUUAUAUUGCUAAAUAGCAGAGAACCACACUUUAUAUAAAGCAAUUUUUGCAUUUGUUUAUUGAAUGAUGCAUCUUCUUCAGUAAAAUAUUUAUAUGCAUAAAUGG